CGGGCCGGGGCCAGGCAGCACCUGGAGGUGAACCUGGAGAACGGGAUCCUCUUCGUGAACGAGCGGAUUGACCGGGAGGAGGUGUGCGAGGCCGGGGGGACCUGCCUGCUCCACCUGCAGCUCCUCGUCGAGAGCCCGCUGGAGCUCUACCGCGUUGAGGUGGAGGUGCUGGACAUCAAUGACCACGCGCCCACCUUCCCCUGGCAAGAGUAUGUGCUGGAGGUGGCUGAGUCUGCUGUGCUCGGUGCCCGCUUCCCACUGGAGAGUGCCCAGGAUCCUGACAUGGGUACCAACUCGGUGCACACCUACCGGCUCAGCCCCAACGGUUUCUUUUCACUCGAGGUGCAGACGCGCAGUGACGCCAGCAAGUUUGCAGAGCUGGUGCUGGAGCGCACCCUUGACCGCGAGCAGCAACGCACGCACCGGGUGCUGCUCACCGCUCUCGACGGCGGUGUCCCCGAGCGCUCAGGCACAGCUCACAUCCUUGUCACGGUGCUGGACGCGAAUGACAACGUGCCUGCCUUUGACCAGUCCUCGUACGGCGUGAGCCUUCCUGAGGAUGCCCCUGCCGGCACCCUGGUCAUCCAGCUCAAUGCCACUGACUUGGAUGAGGGCCCCAAUGGAGAGAUCGAGUACUCCUUCAGUGGGCAUGCACCACCACGCGUCCGGGAGCUCUUCCACAUAGAGCCCCGGAGUGGGCAGGUGCUGCUGAAGGGCCCCCUGGACUACGAGCGGGCAAACCUCCAUGAGCUCUACGUGCAAGCCAAGGACCGUGGACCCUCGGCUGUGGCCGUGCACUGCCGGGUGCUUGUGCACCUCCUCGAUGUGAAUGACAAUGCGCCAGAGGUGACCCUCACCUCUGUGUCCACGCCUGUGCUGGAGGAUGCCCCACCAGGCACUGUCAUCGCUGUCAUCAGUGUUCUGGACCGGGACUCUGGGGACAAUGGGCAUGUGAUCUGCGAGGUCAGCCCCGAUGUACCCUUCGAGCUCCACUCCUCCUUCCGCAACUACUACACACUGGUCACCACGCAAGCGCUGGACCGGGAGGUUGUGCCCGAGUACAAUGUAAGCAUCACAGCACGGGACAUGGGCUCCCCCGCCCUGCUGACCCGCAGCACCCUCACCAUCCUGGUGUCCGAUGUGAACGACAACGCCCCACGCUUCCUCCAGCCCUCCUACAGCGUCUACGUAAUGGAGAACAACGCGCCAGGUGCCUCUAUCUGCUCCGUCAGCGCAUUGGACCCUGAUUGCCAACAAAACGCCUACCUGUCCUACUCCAUUGCCGAUGGGCACAUCCAUGGCAUGCCUGUGGGCACCUACGUGUCUAUCAACUCGGACAGUGGGCACAUGUAUGCCCUGCGCUCCCUCGAUUAUGAGCAGAUCCGCAGCUUCCAGAUCCAUGUGCAAGCCCAGGACGCGGGUUUCCCCCCCCUCAGCACCAACGUUACCGUCCACAUCUUUGUGCUGGACCAGAACGACAACGCCCCAGUCAUCAUUUCCCCCAUGCUGCGCAAUGGCUCCAUGGCCACCGAGCUGGUGCCGCGAUCAGCUGGGCCUGGCUACCUUGUGGGCACAGUGUCGGCGGUGGAUGCGGAUGCGGGGCUGAACUCCCGCCUCCUCCAGGCCACUGACUUCACCCUCUUCAGUGUGGCACCAGACACAGGUGAGCUGCGCACCCUCCGCUCCUUUCUGGAGCAGGAUGCAACCCGGCAGCGGCUGGUGGUGCAGGUGCGUGAUGGUGGGCAGCCAGCCCUCUCAGCCACCGUGUCCCUCCUGCUUUCGGUGGUGGAGACCAUGCCUCAGACUCUUUCUGACUUCAGCGAGUUCAGCCUCCCCCCGGAGGCCUCCUCAUCCUCCCCACUCACCCUCUACCUCCUUGUCUCCCUGGGCUCCAUCUCCUUCACCUUCCUCCUUGCCAUCCUCAUCCUCACAGCCAUUCGGUGCCGUGGCGAGCGCUGCUCCCGCCAAGGUGACGGCUGCUCACCACCCCUCUGCCACUGCUGCCCUGGGUCCAGACCCUCCCCUGAGGGCCUGAAGACAUCCAACCUGACGGUGCAGCCCCCAGCAGGUACCACGGCUGCCACCUGCCUCGACAUACCCGGGGGCGGCCCCCCGGGCUACUGCUACAAGGUCUGCCUCGGUCCUGAGUCUGCCCAGAGUGACUUCAUGUUCCUCAAACCCUGCAGCCCCCCCCGGAACAACGAGAAAGACCCCGGGAAGCAGUCCCAGCUGGGCCAGCAUCUCCGUGUAUCCAAGCAGAUCAAACAGCCCAACAUGGACUGGCUGCCUCCAAGCACGCAGCGACCUGCCUUGAAGAGCUCCCAGAGCCUGGAGGACGUGGGGGAAAUCCACAGAGCCCUCCAGAAGGAGCAUGAGAGGCUGUGCACACUGGUGACCCCUGUCUCUGAGUUUCAGAAGGCUUCGGCAGGCACCAACAGCAUCUGGACACCCCAGUACAGCCCCUUGUACCCAGGACACAUCCCAGCUCUGGAUUAUCAGCACAAUGUCUACAUCCCCGGCACCCCCACUCUGCUUUCCAGCAAAGAUGGGCCCCUCUUCCUGGGCCGGGAGAACAAGAACAGCUUCUCCACCUUUGGCAAGAGGAAGAAGAUGACAACUUACUGUGACAUGCACGACAGUGUGGUUAUCAACAAUGACCUGAAAUAG